GGUACAAGUCACCCCUGAAGAGGGUGCAAGUGUCAUUGAAAAUACUUGGAGAAUAGUUUUGAAUUGUCGUGUGGCAUUGGAAAAAAAUUUGAACAGAGAAUUGCAAUUUAAAUGAAUGAAUAGAGACGAUUGAGUUCAUUUUUUUUCGGGUGUGAGUUUGAAUUAUUGGACAUGGCUGGGCCUUAUCUGUCGCCCCUUGGGCCUCAGGCCGAUCUUCUCACUGAGUACAUGUUCGGCCGACGGCGUCAGAGACGCAAUCGAACGACCUUCACACCCCAGCAACUCCAAGAGCUCGAGUCCCUCUUCCAGAAGACCCACUACCCGGAUGUAUUCUUGCGCGAAGAGGUGGCCCUCAGAAUCUCGUUAUCAGAAGCUCGAGUUCAGGUGUGGUUCCAGAACCGACGAGCAAAGUGGCGUAAGCAGGCGCGCCUUCAGCUGCUCCAGGACGCCUGGAGGAUGCGUUGCCUCGGUCUUGGCAGUGCGGCACCACUUCUACUUAGACCCCCGCCUGGGGCUGGCGUAGAACGCUCAGACUCUACACCACCCCCGCCACCCUCGGCGGGACUCUCGCCACCGCAAAUAUCAGGUGCUCCUGAUAAACUUCCGGAUAAUCCUGGGCAUCCUGUCUGCAGGGAUUAUCGCAUUUUACCUCCACACGGAUACUCAAUGACAUGUGAAAAAUCGCCAGAACAUGGCAAAUGCAGUUGUGGUUCUCCGCCACGAAGUACAUCAACACCAUCAAGUGUCGAAGUGGAUUUAGCGCCUCGUGACAGACCCCAAGAGGCAGAAAUGGAUCUGACUGUCAAGACUCCACUCCCCACACGUCACCCUCAAAUUCCCCCGCUCUUUCACCACAUUCCGAGUGAAUCCCGGCAUGACCUGAGCCCUGUGCCGAUGUCCAUGGACGAGCCACUAGACGUAACUCUAAAUGGCAACAGAAAUAACAACUAGACAACGUGAAAUCACCUCUUUAUGUUGAACGCCUAGUGGAUCUCCAGUGAUUGCUACUCUCAUGUCUGACUAUUUCUCCUCGAAUAAUUGUCCUUGAAUUCAACGCUCAUGUAAAUAAACCGCAAUCAGCAUAUCUUUGAAAAAAAAUCGUAAAUGCAGGCAAAUGACUAGUUGGUAACUGUAAUGGACGCGUAGUUACUUCUAGGGAUCAGAGACAGGAAGAAAAUAAGCAACAAUGAGGUGCCAUUAUUUUUUUUGGGUUCAGUUGAAAGAGAAUCCAUUGACGAAGCAUGGAGAGACGGAUCUCAGAAAAAUUACCCCUGGUUUUCAGUAAUCGUGUAAUGUAUUGGCUUCUGAGGAGUUGUUAGCACACUUUAAUCAAAUGACAGUUUCACGCAAAUUGCAAGAACUUUCGCCAUUCAAAAUUCACAAUUGAAUGAAAAAUUAUUGGACACUCGAAAUUCGAGUUCAAUUAUUGCGUGAAAAAUUGUAGAAAUCAGGAAAAUUCAGAUGAAUAUAUUUUUAGAUUUUUCAUUCAUUAUUUUGAUGAAAAAUUCAUGUAGAUGGGGGAAUUCACGUCUUUCUGCUGCGCAAAAACUCGAAAUGCCAUUGAAUUUUCAGUGAAAUUGGAAAUUUCAUUGUUCUUCCUCUUAAAAUUUAUUUUAUAAAAUUAAAAUUGCAUUAAAUGUCGUUCUCAUUGACAUAGAAUUCGA